UAAUAUCCGCAAAGUUAGAGAGAGAUAGAGAAUCUAGCAUAGAGAGUAAGAAAAAUCCACCAUUCUUCUCUCUCACUCUCUGUCGAAAUAAAAUCUACAAUUUCCCUCCAUGGUGUUGUUCUAUAACAAGUAACAACAAUCAAUUCAAUGCACCAUAUCUCACAUCUUUCCUUUCCAUUUCUAUCUUAAACUCAAAACCAAACCAAACCAAGCACACUGAUUACCAUUAACCACACUUAAUUAACCAACAAGCCUUUUGUAUCAAUCAAAUCUCCCUCCUAUAUAUAUAAAAACAACAUCACCAAACAACAACAUUAAAAUUCAGACACACAGAAUUAAAAUGUCCAAGACUAUGCAACAACAACAACAACAACAACAGGGUUUCGAUUCCCUGUGUUGCGACUACAAUAAGCCCGAUUCCAAACAACUCGAUCUGCCCGCUUCUUCCACCGCCGUUCCUCCCAAACUCCCCACCAGCCACUCCGGCGAGCUUUCUCGCGCUUCCAGACCCGCUCACCGGAGAUCGGUCUCCGCCGGAGCUCCGCUAAUCUACUCCGGCGGAGCCAAUGGUGGUGGAGGUUCUGGUUCUGGUUCGAGUCCGACCCUGCUUCCGACCGGGAACAUUUGCCCCUCAGGGAAGAUCCUCAGACCGGGUUUGCCAUCUCGCGGCCCGAACCGGACAGAAGUUUUGGGUUCUGGCACCGGGAACUAUGGCCGCGGUAACAUAGUUCGCGGCGGCGGCGGUGGGAACUCGGUGGCGGCGGAUUCACCGGUGAAGCGGGCGAUGCGUGGCUAUGAUCCCGAGGAGGCGAAGAGGGUUGGGAACGAGAUGUAUAGGAGUGGGAACUUUGCGGAUGCGUUGGCAUUGUAUGAUCGUGCUGUUGCCAUGUCGCCUGGGAACGCUGCUUACCGGAGUAACCGUGCGGCGGCGCUCACGGCGUUGGGGAGGUUGGGUGAGGCGGUUAGGGAAUGUGAAGAGGCUGUGAAGUUGGACAAUGGUUAUGCUAGGGCUCAUAAGAGGCUUGCUUCUCUUUAUCUAAGGAGGGGUUCAAUUUUUUGUUGGGUUAUUAGAUUUGGAAUUUUCUAUAUAUGUAGAAUCGGGCAGGUUGAGAAUUCGCGGCUCCACCUGUGUCUCUCUGGGCUGCCGGAGGAUCCAUCGGAAGAGCAGAAGCUGUGCUUGUUGGAGAAGCAGCUGAGUCGAUGUGCUGAUUCACGGAAGAUUGGUGAUUGGAAGAGGGCACUUAGGGAAUCCGAGGCAGCCAUUGCUGUUGGAGCAGAUUUCUCACCUCAGUUAGUUGCUUGUAAAGCUGAAGCUUAUUUAAAACUCCAUCAACUUGAGGAUGCUGAAUCCUGUGCUUCCAAAAUUCCCAAGAUGGAAGGUUGUCCUCCAUCCUGCUCUCAAGCCAGGUUCUUCGGCAUGAUUGGUGAAGCCUAUGUGCAUUUGGUCUCCGCUCAGGUUGAAAUGGCAUUGGGAAGGUUUGAGAAUGCUGUCACAGCAGCAGGAAAGGCUAGGCUGUUAGAUUAUAGUAAUUACGAAGUUUCUAGGAUUGUAAAUACUGUGAACAGAGUGGCGCAAGCUCGUUCAAGGGGCAAUGAACUUUUCAGUUCUGGAAAAUUUUCUGAUGCUUGUACUGCUUAUGGAGAAGGCCUCAAAUAUGACAAUUCCAACUAUGUUUUAUAUUGCAAUAGAGCUAUUUGCUGGUCUAAACUUGGCCUAUGGGAACAAUCAGUUCAAGACUGCAACCAAGCUCUUAACAUUCAGCCAAACUACACCAAAGCCCUUCUCCGCAGGGCUGCGUCAAAUGCAAAGCUUGAAAGAUGGGCAGAAGUUGUUAAAGAUUACCAGGCCUUGAAACACGAGCUGCCUAAUGACAAUGAUGUUGCUGUAUCUCUUCAUCAAGCUCAACUAGCAUUGGAAAAAUCUCGUGGCCUGGCCAAUGGUACCAAGUUUGGAGUUGAAGUUGAAGAAAUCUCUUCAGUAGAUAAAUUUAAAUCUGCGAUUGCUUCUGCUGGUGUUUCGGUAGUUUAUUUCAAAGAGACAUUAAAUGAACAAUGUGAAGAAAUUUCUCCAUUCAUCAAUACAUUAUGUGUUAGAUAUCCCUCUGUUAAAUUUAUUAAGGUGGACGUGGAGGAGUGUCUAGCAAUAGCAAAAGUUGAAAGCAUAAGAAGUGUUCCCACUUUUAAAAUUUAUAAAAAUGGGGAGAAGGUGAAGGAGAUGUUCCGCCCAACCCAUCAGGCCUUAGAGGACUCAAUAUUGCAUGUUCUGAGGUUAACAGCUCUGUUAGCAUGGUUAAUAAAGCAUCACACAAUGCUGACACUACAUUUGGAUACAUUGAUAGAUGGGGUAUCAGGCAAGAGGGAAGGAGCUGAUGGUUCUGCCGAAGGAGUUCUUAAAGCCUUAUGGCGUUUUGACUAGGGUGAGGAGCGUUAUUUUGAUGGGGGAAGCGAUGUGGCAUGAGGUAUGACUGCACAGAUGAUGUUGCCCUCUACCAGAUAGUGGCCCAAAUCAAUGUGCACAAGUCGUCUUUGGGGAGUUGAGGUAGUUCCUUGGGGUCUUAGUAGUUUGAGGUCUUGGUUUGUUCCUAGUUCUUUUAGGGUCUUAAUAGGUUUUGGUUCGUUAGGGUUUUUGCAUGUUUGCCUGUUGGCCUUGGGAGGUUUUGUAUUUAGGUUGGGUUGUUUGGGUAGUUGUUAGUCUUACUGAUUUUUUAAGCCCUUUUGAGGAGGGUUGUAUAUCUUGAUCAAUUUCUAAAUUUCCUCAUUUAUAUAUACAUAUUUUGCUUUAAAAAAAAGA